CGCUUUAUCGUCAAGAUUGGCAUUGGCCGUUACUGAGUACUUUCAUAUUUCUAACAAAAUCCAGGCCUGUUCUAUUAUACUUGCAUGGAGUUUACAUGGUUCUCAACGAAUCUUAUUAUAUAGCCUGGGUCUAGUGAGGGGCGAGAAGGCCAUGGAAGAUUCAUUACUAAGUAAGAGACCAGUUUUCUUCCGGUGAGAGCGUUUUCCGUUGGCGCCUUUUCGUGUGUCGGUCAUUCAUUCAACAGUUGGAUAAAGACGAUAUUUGAAGGGGAAUUAUCUUUAUUCUUAAAAAUGGUGUAAAACAAGAUAAAAGGUAAUGGAGCGGUUUGAGCUCGCCAUCGUCGUGCUUCUGGUUGUCCUUGUAAUAGUGUGUGUCUACAUUGCCGCAUCUUGGACAUUCUGGAGGAAACAAAGUAAGGGUCACGUACAACAAUGGCUGGAAACCGGGCACGAUGAAGGCAUCCAGAGCUCCAUUUCACGUGGAUUUGCACCAGAGGGUGAAGAAGGGGUACCUAAGAUAACCAUCACCCCUGUACAACCACGCCCAGAUGUGGGAGAGUUGUCUGCUUUAGAAACGGAAGAUGAGGAAGACAAACUAGCUGCUCAUGAAAUGGAAAGUCAAGAAAUCGAAUUAGGAAGACUGUAUUUUGCACUCCAGUACGACCAGCAAAGGUCAAUUCUUCGUGUUCGUCUAAUAAGAGGCGAAGAUAUCCCAAUGGAACGAGACAUCAGUGCCACAUAUGUUGGUGUCCGUCUACUGCCACUCAGACUUCAAGGCGAGCAGGUCGAGCCCUACGAAACCUCAAUCAAUGUCUCUUUCCAAGAAUGCUAUGACUUUCAUUUGACACAAUCCGAACUUGCCCAGCAAACACUGGAUUUCCACAUCUGUCGCUAUGACCGAUUCUCCCGUAAGGUUGUCAUUGGAGACGUGUUUCUCGCUUUGGCUGAGUUGGGGGCGCAAGGUAUUGACAUCACAAGGGAGGUUUAUCUCUGCAGAAACAUCAUAAACAGUCGCGAGGCCAAACACGCUCGAAAAGGCAAUCUGAUGACAGAAUCCGAAGAAGAAGAAGAAAGAAAGAAACAGGAAACAAAAUAUAAGGUCUCAAGAUCAACUAAUGUACAAGAAAAUGCAAAGGCUUUAUGGAAGGUUGUCCAGAGUGCGGUGCAUAAAGGCCGGUUCCGUGGUCUUUCAUACUCUAUAACAGGACAAGACUCGCCAUUUUACUGGGAAUCAAUGUUCUCUUCAGGCGAAGGAGAAAAUGUUGAAUACAGUUUAGGAAGUAGAGGGAAACCAGGAAGUGUUUAUUAUUUUUCGGGUCCUGGACCCCCAGCUGAAGCCUCGCCAAAGGAGGACGGACCAGAAGAUGAAUUUGUAGAGGACAUCGUGACGAGGGGAGAACGCUCUGGUUCAUUUUUAUUUCCUUCGAAAUCAGAUGAAGAUGAUAGCCUGCAGCAUGCUGUAGAAGGCGAAGAAGAACGAGAACCCCCUUUGGCAUCCCCGUUACAGAUAUCUCCUGCUCCUGAAGAGUAUUAUAAAAUAGUGCCCAUUACACCAUUCGUUCCCAUGUCUCCACUCAAGGACCACAGGCCGAGGGAUUCCUCAGUAUCGUGGCAUGUCCCGGAAACAUUUACCUCUCGUGGACCGGAUGUGGUGCAAGCACUUGCAGACUCUUACACAGAUCCCCGAAUUGUGACCACAGCUAAUUUGAGACACAGCAAAAGAGUUCGUCGGUCACCCGAGGGAACUGGUCCUAUCUCUACUGAUUCUGAACAAGGAAAAAAUUUGAAAGAUCCGGCCAAAGAACAUUCGCAAACGACGAAGCGAAAACACGAAGAAAUUGGCAAAAGGGCGAGCCAUAGAAAAGGCAGGCGACAAAUAACACCGCCAAAGAAUGUAAAACAAACGGCAACACAUGUCGCCUCUCCUGAUGGCGAAACCAAAACCAAAGGAAAACGAACUCAAACAGUUUCUAAAAGAAAAUCUAAACUAAUUCGAACUAGAGCAAAGCAUUUAAGAACCCUUUCUUCCUCUAGUGAAGAAGAAGAAAAUGCGAAAAGUCAUUUCAGAACUCAACACCUUCGAAAGACCCCCGAGGGAUCGGCAUCAAAGGAUUCAGAAGAGCCAAUCGUAUUUGAAGCGCGUGAUUUCGAUGGGUCUUUAAUGCCAAUCCUUAAUGAUCGAGCUCAGUCAGAACCAAUCAUUUCAUCGAGAGUGUCAAGAUUAUAUCAGAGGAAACGAGAACCACGUGGCUCUGUAUCAAUGUCCGACGUUAAGGAUUCCCAUAUUGACAGCAGUGAUGUGUCUUCAGACUUUGAUCAAUAAUUAAUCUACACAGUACAAAACUAUUCUAUAGACCAAAGUUAUGAUGUUAAUAUUUUCCAGUAUAAAAACAAAUUAUAGAAUUAUGUUUAUUUGAAGUUUAUGUUUGUAUCGAAAAAAAAAAGUGAGCAAGAAACUUACGGAAAGAAUAAAUUGGGUCUAUGCAAGUUAGUUUGCAUGGUUAAUAAAUAAAAUAAAAUAUAAUGUAAUAAAAUAUAGAAUAAUAUAAUGUAUAUCUGAUAUAGGAGGAUAUACCGGUUAAUUACGUCAGCAACGCGCGCUUGAAACCUCGUUUUUCGUCUUUCAAAUUUUACCCUUGAUUUUGUAUCAAUUUUUUUUCGAAAAAAAAAAAAAACAAAACAAAACACCCUCCAGUUUUCCUUGGUAUGUCCUCUUAUUUACCACUUUUUUUGCCAUCCAACUGUUGUCUCGCGAGAGUCCACUCUUUAAAAUACAUAUGUUAAAGAUUUCAUACAGAUCA